AUGGGUGUGCUGGGCCGAUAUAAUUUCAGCGAGCUUCUAUUUGGUGGUUUAGUGCAGCUUAUUACUCUGCCUUACCACCGCUUCUUCACGUACAACACGCUUCGGCCGAUACAGGAAGUUUUGAGACAUGCCUCCACCGGAGUGCAGCCGGACUCGCCUGACAGGCGCGAACUCCACGCCGUCCUCGUGGGGUGGCGCACACGGAAAAAGGACGAACUCGGGUUCGUGGCAGUCGCGGCUACCGUAAUGACGGCUAUCGACACUGCCUCAUUUUCCUGGGGUAAUGUCGCUACUUCGCAUUGGGUCGGCCCGGCGUUCUGGUAUGCCGCCCUGACCACGUCCGUCUUCGGGAUAUUCCUUGCGGCGCAGCAGCUGUCGCUGCUUAGUCUGAUGGGUGAGCUACCCGAGGACCACGCGGCGACCUCAGCCCGCGUGAUGACGCGCCACCUCGGCCAAGUCCUGGGGCGGAAGAAAAGGAAGGGCGCCGGCGCCGCAACCGGAGACGGCGAGGCGGCGGGCCAAGACUUGUCUUAUACCGACAGCUGGGUGCUGAACUGGCGCCUCAUCUUCAACUGGCAGUGUCCCAUGAUGUUUAUUGCCUACUCGACCUUGUUUUACAUAGUUGGGUUGACCGUUGUCGCGUGCACGCCGCUGCUGACCGAAGAAUGGGGAAAUACCGACACCUAUGUCAGCGUGGCGUAUCUUGUUAGUCUCGGGCUCUCUCUCGCUCUCUUUGCUCUGUGCUCUCUGGGCUACAACAAAAUAUCCAUGCAUGGUGACGAGGACGGGCCUGAUGAGACGGACGGGGCUGCUACGGCGGCUGACGACGUUGUGGCUGUGGCAGACGCUGCCCGGAAGGACGAGCAUCCGUAG